CGGAAGCCCGUGCUCCGACUUCUGCUUCCGGGUCGGAGCCAUGGCGGUGGCAAAUUCAAGCCCCGUCAACCCCGUGGUGUUCUUUGAUGUCAGCAUUGGCGGCCAGGAAGUUGGCCGAAUGAAGAUCGAGCUCUUUGCAGACGUUGUGCCUAAGACUGCUGAGAACUUUAGGCAGUUCUGCACCGGAGAAUUCAGAAAAGAUGGGGUUCCUAUAGGAUACAAAGGAAGCACUUUCCACAGGGUCAUAAAGGAUUUCAUGAUUCAGGGUGGAGAUUUUGUUAACGGAGAUGGUACUGGAGUUGCCAGUAUAUACCGGGGGCCAUUUGCAGAUGAAAAUUUUAAACUUAGACACUCAGCUCCAGGCCUGCUGUCUAUGGCAAACAGUGGUCCCAGUACAAACGGCUGCCAGUUCUUCAUCACCUGCUCUAAGUGUGACUGGCUGGAUGGGAAGCACGUAGUGUUUGGAAAAAUUAUUGAUGGACUUCUAGUGAUGAGAAAGAUCGAGAAUGUUCCCACAGGCCCCAACAAUAAGCCCAAGCUUCCUGUGGUGAUCUCACAGUGUGGGGAGAUGUAGUCCAGAGCAAGUUGGAAUCAGUACAGCUAACUCCGCAGUCAUAAACAGAGGGUGUGGAGUUUCCUUUCUGUAUAACCCUGGGACCAAAACCUGCAAGUGAGGAGGAUCGCUCUUUGUUCUACAGCUCCACAGAGGGCCAGAUUCUGGUGGAAGACACAUGCUUUGGAGCCAGCACAUCAGGGAGCCCCAUCACAGUCAAGCCAUUGAACCCCUUGGGACCCAGUUUUCUCCUUUGCUUAAUUGUACAAUGUAUACUGCACAGAGUUGUGAAGGGUAAAUAAUGAGAUAAUAUGCUUGACGGUAUGUGUUAGUUUCUUUUCUUCUUGGUUCUUGUGUGAUAUACUAUUCAGCUUUGCUUUGGAGAACCAAAAGUCUGGCCUGUGGCAAGAAUCAGACCUGUUUUGCUCUUUUGGGAAGAGGAGCAUAAAGGAUAGGUGGGAAUGUUGUCUUGCGGAAAGUCCCCUUCCAGUCCUCUGAGUGGCUUAUCUCCUCCAUCCCUUACAGACCUCCACAUCUCUGUCGUCGUAAGCCUGCCCUUGCUCUGGGGGAUGCUCUUGAAUAGGAUAAUCUGGAUUGGCCCAUGUUUGCUUCCUGGCCUGCUGUCACCCUAUUUGAUCAAGAGACCUUGGAAGUAUCACAAUUCAGAACUCAGGAUUUUUUGUGCUUUUCAACUGUAAAUAAAGUUUUUUGGGGUUUUUUGGUUUUUUGUUUUAGUAUGUGUUGUAAUGAUAGCCCCAUCUUCUCACACCUUAGCUUCAGCUAGGAGGACUGGCUCUGCUAGCUGCAAGGCCAGUGUGGACCAGAGCCAAAACCUUGCUAUGUAUAGUUGAUGCCUCAAAUUUAUUAGCAGUUGUGGCAGCCCCCUCUUUGGUUCAAGAUGAAUGAUCAAAGAAGACAAAGCCCCAGGGCUAUGUAUUCCAAGGAUGUUCCCAGUAGUAGGUUCAUUUUGGUUCUGAAGUCUGUGGGAAGAGGGUCACUAACUUGGGAUAUUUUUAGAUGGAAUACCUUUGGGUAAAAUGUAUCUUGAUCAUGAUCAAGUGGGAAUAAUUUAGUCAAAAACCUUGGUUUGAACCUUGGGUCAUUUUUUAAAAACAAUUGAGGUCUUGAGAAGUUCACUGCCCCUUUCAGUCUCCUCAUCUGUAAAAUGGGGAUAAUAAUACCUGUCUACUUCGUAGCACCAUUGAAAGGGUCAAAUAGAAUGGAUAUGAAGGUAACUUGUAAAUAGUAACGUGCUUUUCAAAUGUUAGUUUUGAAAGGAAACAACCCAAUAGGAAAAGUUUCCACUCAGUGUAAUGUUCAAGAGGUAAGGAGUUCCCUGGUGUUCCUUUCAUGAGGCCAUGCCUAUGUUCUCCCAUUUCUACUUUCUCCUGGCUCAUGGAUAGGAUGACUCAGAACCGCUGGCAGCAGACAAUUGCAGUAGCAGAGAUAGCAGAGAGCUGAACUCUGUGACAGUAGAACCUGGUUAAAAGUGCCAUUUCAAUGUAUUGGCUGGACAAGGGAGAUGGUGAAAUAUACAAGGGACCUAGAGUAUAGGUAUUUGCAACUCUAUAGCCAAGUAAACAGGGUUCAGGGGACACUGUGAAGAAAGAACUGUGAUCAAGUGACUAUGCAGGAUGGAUACUAAAGAUAGGAAGGAGGACACCAGCUGGGAUCCUGAGCUGAGAUUCUUGUAAUGGUCCAUUCAGUUGAAUUCAGUUAUACUUGGCACCUAUAUUUUAUGCCAGUCUCUGUCCCAGGCACUGGAGCUGCAAAAAUGAGUAAGAUGUGGCCCAUGCUUGUGACAGGAGAUAGGCACAGUUUCGGUACAGCGUGGUGAGUAUUAGAAUGUGAGCCCUUUUUAGGGCAGGAAAUUUGGUCAGUUGUUUUGUUUUGUUUUACUGCUGUGUCCCCAGCACCUAGAAGAGAUAAACAUCGAAUACCUAGUUAGUGUUCAAUAAACGUUGAUUGUGUGAA